CUUCCCGCUCCCGGGUCAAGCACGCCACCGCCCGGCGCUGCAGCUCGCCGGCAGCGGUUUUGAGCUGAGCGGCACGGUGGCCAACCGGCAGCAUGGCCCCACACGAAAACCACCAUCCAGCCCGCCCGGGGCGCCACGUGUCGCGCGACCCGACUAGCCGUCGCCGCACGGAUUAAACACACACACCACCCCGCCUACCUACUAUAACCACUUUCUCCUCCUCCUCCCGCCUGCUCCGUCCCGCUCCCCCGCCUCGUUCACCGACGGAAACGAGAGGCCGCCGCACGCGACCGCGACCCGACCAAGCCCAAUGUCGGAAGGCCCGGCGCGGAGCUCCACGGCGGAGUCGUCCUCCUCCGCGGCGUCCUCGUCGGGGCUCGACUUCGAGGACACCGCGCUCGCCCUCACGCUCCGCCUCCCGGGCUCCGACUCCGACGUCCGCAAGCGCGCCGCCUCCACCUCCACCCCAGUCGCCGGCCGCUGCUCCCCGCGGGCCUCUGCCUCCAACGAGGCACCGCCCGCCCCCAAGGCGCAGGUGGUGGGGUGGCCGCCGGUGAGCCGGAACCGGCGGAACGCCGCGCUCCCCAGCAGGGGGAAGUUCGUCAAGGUGGCCGUGGCCGGCGCGCCGUACCAGCGCAAGGUGGACCUCGAGGCCUACGCGGGCUACGACCAGCUGCUCGCCGCGCUCCAGGACAAGUUCACCUCCCACUUCACCGUCCGCCGCCGGGUGGGGAACGACGAGAUGGCGCUCGUCGACGUCGUCAGCGGGGCAGAGUACGUGCCCACGUACGAGGACAAGGACGGCGACUGGAUGCUCGUCGGGGACGUCCCCUGGAGAAUGUUUGUGGAAACCUGCCAGCGUCUCCGUCUGAUGAAAAGCUCUGAGGUGGUUAACUUAGCACCAAGAGCUGCUGAAUGAAGCAUGUCCACCGCUUCAAAGGGAAAAUGGCCUCUUUUGCUUGCUGAGGCAGUGAGGCUCUUCAUGCAUCAGAGAGAAACGUGUACAGCCAUCGACUUCUACUUUCUGUUUUGGUUUCAGCAUGCUUUUGAUGAGUUGAGAAAAGGUUGGGAGCCGCCUGUAGCGCCACCGGGUUCGUGGUGUAUAUAUAUAGUUGUCAUAUAGAUGUGCAAGAUUUUUAUGCUUUUGAGUAUAUCACACAUAUAUUAUUUGUCAUACGGGGAAUAAGGCCAUCAGGUACAUGGAGCUCCCCACCUGUUCUUGCCUGUUGCUUUGCUAGCUCGUCGUAUCAUGUCAUGUGAUGCGCAAUGCAGGUAAGGCGUCUGGCAUGGGUAGGUCUCGUGCGCGUCGUGUAAUGGUUUUUGCUCCAAGUUUUGUGUCUUGGACGCUGUAAAAAUUGUAUGGUCCGCUUGGCUUUUCAGCAUGUGUUUUUCGCUCUUGGUCGACUCUCUGUUCGAUAUCUCAGUAUAGAAAGCCACAUCUCAUUUAUGAUCAUA